UGGAACCUGUCAGUUAGUUAGUCACACUCUGAGAACGUAGUACCACAGAUAGAUACCUUAUUUUUUCAAAAUUGUUUGUUAUAUAUCCGAGCUGUGAACAGAAAUAAACUAGAACGAAACCAUAGGAACAAUAUACACCAUCAUGCACAUCGAUCUGAAGGCCCUGCUGCUGAUCGCCACGUCCGGCGCUCCGGACAGCGUGAUCCGCAUGAACAAGCGAUUUCAGAUAGGGAAAGCCAGUUUUAUGGUUCGCUACGAACUGCGGAGAGGUGAGCUAAUCAUCCGCCAGAUGAGGAAGGUUCGACAUAGUUCCACCCUGGCCAGCAGGCCAAGGAAGCGCCAACGUCGUCAGUACCGGAAGAUAGAUUUUGUUGAUUCUAGGACGGAUUUCGGUACUCAGACCUCUCAGCAUCAACACUCAAUAGCUGUGAGCACCGAGGGGGCGAUUCUGGUGACCACCGCCAGUCAAACACCACGUCGCGAAUGUAGCAGCAUCCAGAUGGAUACCACAGACCUUUUUCCCACCUUUUCGAAGGAUCAGCAGACCACCAGUUGCGAAAUUCAGUCUUCUGGCAGCCAGACGGAUGAGCAGGUUCUGCUGAGUCGCGCCACCCAGGCGAAUAUUUCCGCCAAAAGCUGGUCCACCCAGACCAGGAUACGAAACGCCACCCUGGGCUCACAGACCGAACAUUUCUACAACAAUGUGGGUAUCCAGAGCAAGAUAGAAGGCAAUCACGAGACUACUCAGACCGACGAGAUCGAGGAGCAGCUAAUCACGCCCUAUCUGCAGGCACUGAUGCUGGAGUCCAUCAAGGACAUGAGCAAUCUCAUUAGCACCGAAGUGAUUAGUGCCGUCAGCCAGGUGCUUGAUAUCAGGGGACUUGAAAUCAAGAAGACACUGCAGGAGCAGGACCUGCCCAGGGAGGGAGCCCUAGAGCCGCUAACUCCUCUGCCUGUCAAAAUGGCUGGCAUUAGAGGUCUUCUAUCGAUGACGGCUCACAUAACUAGCAGCCAGAGCACGCAGACCGAGGAGAGGGAGGAGGAGAACAGAGAGUCGAAGAUGGCGAAGGUCAGCAUAGAGAUGGCCACGCAGACGGAGAAGUCGGAGAAGGAGCGCAGUCGCUGGACCCUAAAGCACUUCUAGAGGACCCUCCGUCUCCGCGUCCUUUCUACUUACCCAAGCAUCCAGGCCAUGGUCCGGGCUCCCAUCCAGGUGGCACUCAUAUUGUUUUAUGUUUUUAUAGUUGUCAAUUUUAGCAUGUGGCGAGCGAUUUGAUCGAAAUACAAGUGAUUCGAUUCAGAGU